AUGGCAUAUUCUGGGCGAUUGGCGAUCAUUGCUGGUGGCAUUGGUGGCCUCGGUUCUGCGACGGCAUUGCGAUUUCGAGAGCUUGGGGCUGAAGUGGUCUUGCUGUACGCUCCGUUUGAGGCGUUUCGAGUCAAUGAUACGUUGCAGACAGUAUUUGGUGGUGCAGAACGAAUUCAUACAUUUGAGUGCGACAUCACCUCAGAGCCUUCUGUCAAGGAUGCGUUCAGUCAGAUUGCGAAGCUGGAAUCAUUCCCAUGUAUAUUGAUUAAUGCUGCCGGAUAUGUCUCGGUCCAACCACUCGAAGAGACUUCAGCGGAUGAGGCAUUAAAGAAUUUUCUUCCCAACCUCCUUGGCCCCUUCAUUGUCAGCAAUGCAUUUUUCCAUCUUUACCAAUCUAAGGGACCCCAAAAGCCACCAGGACGAAUUGUCAGCAUCGCUUCUCAAGCAGCACAUGUUGCCUUGGAUGGACAUGGAGCAUAUUGCGCAUCUAAAGCUGGACUCAUCGGACACACGCGAUGCAUGGCCAGUGAAUGGGGCUCAAAGGGCAUCACCGCAAAUACUGUAAGCCCGACUGUGACAUGGACACCAUUGGCCGCAAAGGCAUGGGCAGAUGAAGAAAAGAGAGCGAAACAUCUUGCCCAAAUUCCGACGGGAAGAUUCAGUGUGCCGGAAGAAAUCGCACAGGCAAUAGAGUUUCUGUGCCGAGACGAAAGCGGAAUGAUCAAUGGCGCCGAUAUUCGAGUUGAUGGCGGAUUCACAAUCAGCAGGUAG